AUGGUUGGAAUUCAAGCCCAGAACCUGGCCGUCAACGAUGGCCCAUUGACCUCUGAAAAUGCCGCUCUCCUACGUCCCUCCGAUCCAAACAUGCCCAUCGAAGAACUCCGUCAACGCUACGAACAAGAUGGCUAUCUCUUCGUCAAGGGACUCCUCCCCCGCGAGGACGUCCUGGAAAUGCGGCACCGCUACUUCGACUUUCUCGCCCCAACCGGCGUCCUCCAAGAAGACACCAACCCCGUCGAGGGCAUCUUUAACAAAGCCAAAUCGCCCGACGACUACCCGGGCAUCGGCGCGGGACAUGUGGGCAACAACGGCCGUCCCGGGGGUGACAGCGCGGCGCAAUUUGUGGACAAGGCGAUCGAGGCACAUUACAAGGAUUGGUAUGCGGAGAAGUUCUGUAACCAUCCUGAUUUGUAUGGGUUUGUGGCGCGGUUCAUGGGGUGGGGGGAUAAUACGUUGUCGUUUAAGAGGACGUUGCUUAGGAAUAACCCGCCGGGGUCGAAGCCGAUUGGGGUGCAUUAUGAUCAGAUCUUUUUGAGGUAUGGGGACCCGACUAGUGUUACUGCUUGGGUGCCUAUUGGGGAUAUCAAGUUGAAUGGAGGGGGGUUGAUUUACCUUGAAGAUGGUGACUCGGUUGGUCUGAAACUCGAGGAAGAAUUCACCACCAGAGCCAAGCAAGCAGGCCUGACAGAAGAGGAAUCCAGAUCGGCGUUCAACUCGAAUAUGAUGGCCACCGGUUUACUCUCCGAGUUUCCGGCUGAGUUUGCAAAGGAACAGGGCCGUCGAUGGCUGGCGUCUUCCUACGAGGCUGGGGAUGUUGUCCUGCACAAGCCGCAUGCUAUCCAUGCAUCGACGGUCAAUAAUGACCCGGAAAAUGUGAUUAGACUGGCGACGGACCUCCGGUUCUGUGAUUCUUCCAAGCCGUAUGACAAGCGAUGGAUGAACCACUAUCAGUUUGGGGAUGGCGUGUAG